UUGCCUAUGGUAUAAUAUAUUUUUUAUUUUAAAACUUAAAUUAAUAUAUUAUAAUCUGAAGUGACUAGUGAGUAGAACAAUGGUUGAUAAUAGUAUAAUAGCUAGCGAAUACACAUCAAUAAAAUAUAGUUCAAUGGCGACGUUGGCUCAAUUGUUGGCUACUAUAGCACAGAGUUUUCUGUCAAUCGGUUUGGGUAUGCAAUUAGCAAUAUCAGCAAUUGUUAUUCAUCACUUGUACGGAAAUACUAAAAGCGAUUUCUCAAUAUCACUAAACGAAGCAUCUUGGUACGGGAGUAUAUUGUUUAUAAUUCACCCAUUCGGAUGUUUUCUAUCGGGGAUUCUACAAGAGAGGUUCGGAAAAAAGAAUUGCAUGAUUCUUGCAAACAUUCCUAGCAUCAUCGGCUGGACUUUACUGUAUUUAGCUCACUCGUCGUUUUUUCUCUACGCGUCGACACUUUUGAUGGGAUUCAGUAUAGGCGUUGGCGCUGGUGCAGUACACGCCUACGUCGGAGAAAUAACAGAACCAAGACUCAGAGGAGCCAUGGCUUCACUAACGAAUACUGCAGCUUUAUUUGGGAUAAUGAUAACUUUUACUUUGAGUUCAUUGUUUGACUGGCGAACUGUUGCACUGUUGAGUAUUUGUUGUCCAAUAAUUUGUAUAUUGUUAAUAAUUUUUAUUCCAGAAUCUCCCAUUUGGUUAAUCGCUAAAGGUAAAAACAAAAAAGCUGAAAAGGCUCUGUGUUGGCUAAGAGGAUGGGUAGACUCUGAUACAGUUAAACCUGAAUUAUUUAAACUAUUACAUUAUAACAAUAUAUCUGGAACGAUUGGAACUCAAUAUAGCAAUGUUGUUACAAGCGAUAAUAAUAGUUUACUGUCAAAAAUAGCCCAAUUCAAGGAACCAUCGGUUUAUAAGCCAAUGAAGUUAAUAAUGAUUUAUUUUUUCACGUCUUAUGUAAUUAACCUUACUGCUGGCAAACCAUUCAUUGGUAAAAUAAUGACAGAAGUUGGUUUGCGAGAUAACCAAAGUAUAUAUUUGAUUAUUUUUUCCAUUUUACAAAUGGUUGGGAGUGUGAUAUUGAUUUUAACAAUACGUCGUUUCCGGAAAAGAUUUUUGUCGUUAGUAACGAUAUCAAUGAACUCUAUUUUAUUAUUAUUAUUUAGCGUAUAUAUUGCGGCCAUGAAAAACAAUUAUAUUAAAUCGACGCAAUGGAUUCCUUUAACAUUAAUCGGCGGUAUUUAUCUAUCUAGCGGUUGUGGUGUAGCAUGCAUACCCUGGAUGUUAAUUGGUGAAGUGUUCCCGAACAAAAGUCGAGGAAUUGCUACUGGAGUAUGUGCAGGAAUGUCAUAUUUACUUUUGUUUGCAUUAACAAAGUCAUAUCUAACAGUUGAAAUGUUUUUGAGUAUUGAGUACUCGAUGCUUCUUUUUGGUUGUAUUGGUAUUUGUGGAUUAGUAUAUUUUUAUUUUUAUUUGCCAGAAACUGAAAAUAAAACGUUAUUAGAAAUCGAAGAAUUUUUUGCAUCGGAUCAAAAGGUCGAACGUAGAUAA